AUUGUGAAGCCACUCCAGAGCGUAAGCCGAGCAAGGAGUGGACAUCCGAGGCAGCGCGAAAAGGGAGCAGUCAAUGCCAACCUCAAAAGCAGUAUGGAUGAAUGGCCACCUAAGUGGAAUUGAUGAUGUCGCAGUAAGAAUGCCACCGCCGCACACAUCUCGUCUUCUUUUUCUCUUUCUUUUUCUCGGCAAUCUUUGGGAAGGACUUGCUAAAUCCAUUUCGGACCAGGGAGCACUUGAGGUGCUCAUCAGAGUCCAGGUGUUCGACAACAGUGACCUUUCACCUCUGGCAGAGACUGCAGUGGAUGUUUAUGGGAACCAGUCUACCUUGGCAUCCAGCAAGGCUGGCAAAGAUGGCGUCGUCAUGGUCACCUUCCUGUACCGCCCUGGCACCUGGGUCAUUGUCACGGCAACAAAACAGGGCUUUGUCACUAACUCCGCCCCCUGGCAUGCCAGCCGCAUCCCCUUGUAUGCUUCAGUCAGCCUCUACUUGCUCCCCCAGCGGCCUGCGACCCUGAUCCUGUAUGAUGAUGUAGUCCAGAUCCUGCUGGGAUCCCCAGGUGUCAAAAACCAGCCAUGGAUACAGCUCCAGAGGAAAGCAGUGGCUCUGGCCCUCAACUCUACCAACCCAGAGCUCUCUGCUGUGCUGACCUCUGCACAGAGUCAGUAUGAGAUAGGAGGUUUUCCCUACCCACUGGGCCUGGAGAGCAAUGCCACUGGGGCUAACAGUAGCUGGGUGGAGCUGAUGCCGGUGGCGGCGGUCAAUGCCCAGCUCUUCAGUCGUAACGGAACCGGUGUUCAGGUGUGGGACCCCGUCCAUAUCUGCAUCCCCCUGCCCUUAGACACACCCCUGCAGACAGCCACCAGUGUCCCCGUGUGGAGGUUCGACGACAAGACAGGACUCUGGGUUAGGAAAGGAACCGGAUACAUCAAGAAAGGAGGAGCACAGCUGACAUGGAGUUUUGUGGCCAACCAGCUAGGAUACUGGCUGGCUGCCUUUCCCUCAACCACAGGCUCAGCUUUAAACCCCACGGGCCUGCGAGACAUCACCACCUACCACACCGUCUUCCUCCUGACCAUCCUGGGCUCCAUGGCUCUGCUGGUGCUGGUGCUGCUCUGUCUGCUGCUCUACUACUGCAGGCGGAGAUGUCUGAAACCGCGGCAACAGUACCGUCACGGCAAGAUGCAUGUCUCCUCCGGCCUGGACGGUUCCAAGAGAGAUCAAUGCACCUCCAUGUCCCACCUCAACCUCAUCAGCUCAGACCACAUCGAUACAGCUUCCUCCACCAGGGGUGACCCAGACACCCUCAAAUCAGACCUGUCCUCCACCCGGGAUCUCCACAGCUCCAGGGAGGAUUUCUUCCGGCACACGCCUCCAGGAAAGGCCCGGCGACACUCCAAGGUGAACACAGACAAUAUCACUAGGCGUGGCGGUGGUGAGAGUUUUCCCAUGAAGGUGACAACACGCUCUACUAACACUAACAACUUGGAUCCUCAGCAGCUGCUCCGCAAUGACACCCGCAGCUUCAGCUCAGCGGAGGAUAAUACCCAUGAUCCUCGACAUUGCCACAACCACCAAAAUCACAACGCCAACGACAACCAGGGUUACUCCUCAGAUCCACCAUCUCCACCACCUUUACUGCCUCCCUUCGCUGGGCACUACCAGGAGUACUCUGGCCUGCCCCCAGAGUACUCAGUGUCCCAGACCGGGGACCUCCUAGCCAGACCCAACUCUCUAAACACCCAGCCCGGCCAGCUCAUCUUCUGCCACUCCAUGGAUCAGAUGAAGGAGAGCAUGUACCGGAGUGUGGUGCCCACGCUGGUCAUCCCGGCCCACUACAUGCGCCUGUCGUCGGACCUGUCGGCUGUGGAGCAGGCCCUGGAGAGGCAGCAACAGAUGCAGCAUGACAUGGAGGGAAUACAGGUUAGCAUGCCCCUUCCCAGGCAGCAGGGACAGGUACACCAGAACCAGCAGCAGAAACAACAGAACCAGCAACAACAGAAUCAUCAACAGGAGGAUGAGGAUGGGGAAGAACCAGGCCAGCAGAGGAAGGACUCAGAGGGACACUCUAACUGGGCCUCGGACCCUAACGCGGCUCCAGUCCGCAUCCCGGUCCUGUUCAAUGACAACACCAUAUCUCAGAUGAACGGAGAGCUGCAGGCGCUGACGGAGAAGAAGCUUCUUGAGCUGGGGGUGAAGCCGCAUCCCCGGGCCUGGUUCGUCUCCCUGGAUGGUCGCUCCAAUUCCCUGGUUCGUCACUCCUACAUCGAGCUGGGGGGAGAAUCUCUCAGCAUCCCUGGAGGAGGGGGAGGUGGAGGAGCCACGGGGAGUCAUCAUGACAACAGGGUAGACGUCGCUCGUGAAGCCAACAUAAAGCAGCGGAAGGGAAAGGAGGAGAGAAAGGCCAAGGAGGCAAAAGAGGCUGCAGCGGCGGCUGAGAGGAAGGGUCACGCAGGGAAGACCUAUACUAAACUCCCAUGCAUCGACACCACAGACCCCCCCAGCAGCAGCAGCGAGAGCCACACUGCCAUGUACUCUCCAGAGGACAAUUCUCUGGCACCUCUGCUGGACGAGGCCCCAGAGACGACCCCCCGCGGUGGCACGUUCCCCCGGAAGGGCCGCAGCCGGGAUAACAGCGCCCGGAGCAGUACCACCACUACCUCCACCAGCGAGGUGACACGCAGGGACUCAGCCACCAGCCCCGAGGAUGGGGAGGAUGCCGAGGAUAAAGAUGAGGAGGGGAACAAGAAGAGUCCCUGGCAGAAGCGUGAGGAGAGACCCCUCAUGGUAUGGAAGUAAGGUAGACCUAGGGCUCUCAGGGAACAUUGAGCUACAAGAGAACAGGGGGAGAAGAACCACUGUGUCAACGAACGCCAGGAAGAAGAAAGAUGAGCAGAUAAUGUGAGAGGUCUGUCUUGGAGUACAAAGAGAAAGACGUGUGCGAAAGAGAUUAUGAAGUGAGAAAGGAAAUCAAACAAACACAAUUGUCACAUGAAUUGUGAAAGGACCAGGUGUUUUGUAGUCCCACUUUUGCUUGUAGUCAUCACUGAGCUCAGUAGCUAUAUCUGCAUCUCUAAAAAUGUCACUGAGACCAGUAGCUAUAUCCGUAUCUCGAGAAGUUUCACAUGGCUGUGGAUUUAUUUAUUUCCAAAAUCAUGAUCCCUAAGCAUGUGGAUGGUGUUUGUUUGCCCACAGCAACGUGUGGGAGAGUUCCUCUGACUGGUUGGUAUUCUGAGAUUCUUGAGAAAUGCUCAACAAUGUUUUUCUCCACUGUGCUGUUAGUAGAAUACCUUGGAAACGUUACCUAUCAGAUUUUCCUGUUACCUUAGCAUUAACCUCAAGUAAUUUUUACAGACCUUUUGGGAGACGUCAGCUGGCCAAACAGAAACAUUUGAUUCCUGUGGAAAAUCAAGACCGUCUGGCCAGAACUGAUGGACAUAGUGGAAUUAAUUAGUAUUUUUGUUUCACUCUUUACUCUUGUUUUUUUAACAGAUCAGAUGGCCUUCUUUUUAUGACUGAGUGGUACUUAAUGUCAUUGAGGAGACAGAUCGAUGUAUUAAACAUUGGGAAAAAGGUUGCUGUUUUGAUUGUGAAAUCCUAAUUAAGUAAGUCCUAAAAACCCAGGGUUUACAAUGAUGUUGUUGUUUCAUUUUGUACUGCAAAACUUCCUUGGAGAUAAUGGCAGAAAACCACCUCCACGUUACUAUCACUGAAGCCUGGAGAAUAAUGCAAACCAUUUUGGUUGUCAUUUUCCUUACUGACAGAAUAUGUUACAGUCAUAUUUUUUUCUUGCUUUGCUAACCUGCUGACUUGUAACAUCAACACCAAUGGAAGCAUGUAGCUGACAAAAUUAUUUGAAAUGUUCAUUAUGCAGUGUAGCUGGAAACAAGUUACGAGUAUCACAGAAACGUUUGCCAGAACAUUUUUGUUAGCUUAGCAUUACAAGUCUGUACCUUUUGUUGCAAUAUCAAUUUAUAGUCAGACAUGGAUUGGAUGAUACAGACAUGUAAAAAGCUUAAUAAACAGAAUAAUUGGGUAUUAUUGCAAACUUAAAAGAGGUUGUGAAAGGAAAAGACACUGAGUUGACUGAGUGGAAAUCACAAUGACCUAAUGUUCCCAGAAACUAUGCCAUAUUGGAUUGCCAGAAAUCUCCACUGGCGCAUCUUCUCAAAACAUCUAAUUAUUAGCCUUCAGAUCAAUAAGACAGGAAUCCAUCCAGGUUUUCUCAGACCUAAAAAUGUUCAUGUACAACAAAUCACAGCAAGCAAUUAGUCUUUUAAGUGCCUUCAUUUAGCAUAAGAAAAUAAUGGCUUGGAUUCAAGGCAUAGGUAUGUAAACCCAGCAGUAACAACCAUUGUACUGGCUAAACAGGGGGUUUAACACAUACUCUGUAACAUGUUUUGCUCAUUAUUUUCAGGUUAUGAUAUUGGGGUCAUACACAAUGUCAAGCUAUCGUUAGCUAAUCGACUUUGAUUUAAACAAACAGCACUCAGCCUUCAUGAUCAGGGGUCAUUUGAAGGCAAUCAAGCCAAGCACUCGCUAAUCAGGUUCAUAAAGUCCAGUUGAAGUUCUAUCACGUUGCCUUGUGGACUAAUAUACAGCACGGCAUAAAGCAAAUCAGGUUUAGGACCUUGCCUAAGAUGCACAGCAAUGGUCCUCUUGAUUUCAAACCUGUAUUGUCACAAUCCAUGUUGUAAACCCACAUAUGUUUUAAUUGAUAACAACACUGUCACUGCUCUCUCUCUCUCUCUCUCUCUCUCCCCUUUCUCCAUUCAAAUGUAUGUGAAUGACCCUUGAAAGGCUCUUUUUAAGGCUUGAUUACUUGCCAUGUUUUGAUUUACCGAGUUGAUACUAUUAUGUGAAGUGGUUUCCCUGUGGUGUGAGACUCAGGAUCACAACAAACAUGCAUGUUCCUCCUCUCAUGAGCAUUUGUGCUGUUUUGUUUUGUUUUGCUUCUCUCACCUUCAAAAUGGUUUGAUGCUUACGUUUGCAGAAUUGAGCCACCUGUCUCUGUGAAUAAACCAGCUCAGCUCUGAUAUGGAAUCCCCUUAGACUAUUUCAGAGAUUUUAUGUUUAUUUUUGGGGGGAUGAAGUUAACGUCCUGUCAUUUAAGGGAUGAGGUUGGCACAAGAACACUAAUAGUUCUAUUGGCCCUACGAGGCACUACUGAAUUGUGUGGUCUAUGUGGUGUGUUCAAUUCAAUUAGUGUUUUUUAAUUUUUUAUUUGUCAUCAGAAAUUGUUCUGACGUCAAGGAUAAUACUGGUGUUUGAUGUCUAUAAACAAGACAGUCAGAGCUUUGAAGGUGUGUCAAGUCUCUCCACCUCUGUCAGUGCAGGGCAAGCCACUGAUGUAACUCCCCAUAUUAGCAAGUGCAGCAUCUGUGAAUUCUGAGAAAUCACAGCCUACCACACAAUGGUGUCAGUGCUGGAAACACAGGUCAGUGGAAGUUAAACGGUGUAAACGGGGCAUGUUGUGUUCUGAAUAAAUAUGACUUGAGCAAGGUUCUUUUGUUUACUUUUUUUACACCGUUCUUUUUAUAUAUGUGAAUGCCUGGCUAAUCAUAAUUCCUAUAGGCCUACUGUUUGAGUGCUUAUACAAGGGCAGUUGUUGUCUCCAAGGCAACAGACAUGAUGUGUUGUUAUGGUAAACUGGUGCCACCUACUUUCCCUCUCAGAUCUAUAUUUCUGAGGCAAAUCUUUGCUAACUUUUAUUGCUUGUUAUUAAUGAUGUUAAUAUACAAUCCAAUAAUUAAAGAAUUUAACAAGUAA